UGCCAGGGUUACUUCUGCCGACACCCAGAGGGCCAAGUCACAUGAUCACCUUACAUGACAAACCACGUGAUGAGUGUCAUAGAAGAACUCAGACCCGCGGGAUGCCGCGAGAGGACAUGGGCAGUCAUGUGCACUAGCGGUGGGAAUGGCCAGUUCAUACAAAUGUAGUGGCCGAAUGGAUUACCAUUAUUGCUAUCAAAAUCAAUGGAUAUGUACAGAGCAUACCUGCCUUAUUGAACCAGAAUUUAUAAACUUUAUUAAUACAGGAGACUAUGGGUGGAAAGCAGACAACUAUAGCCAGUUUUGGGGCAUGACUUUAAGGGAGGGGUUUGAAUAUCGGCUGGGUACUAAAUCCCCAUCUCCCUUGCUGCUCAGCAUGAAUGAAAUGACACAUCGCGUAUCUCCGGAUGAAGAAUUUCCAGAGUUUUUCAUAGCUUCAUAUAAAUGGCCUGACUACAUCCACAGACCUUUGGAUCAAAAGAAUUGUGCUGCAUCAUGGGCAUUUUCUACAGCAAGUGUUGCAGCAGAUCGAGUUGCCAUACACUCUCAAGGUCUUCACACUGCAAAUCUGUCUCCUCAGGAUUUGAUCUCUUGCAAUGUUCACAAUCAGUAUGGCUGUAGAGGAGGACACAUAGAUGGUGCUUGGUGGUUCCUGAGAAAACGUGGGCUUGUCUCUCAUGAAUGUUUUCCCUAUGAAAUGGAUGAUAAUACUAAUGCACACAAUACUUGCAACAUCUCAAGCAUUACUGACCAACAUGGAAAAAGUCAUGCAACAGAGCCAUGUCCAAACCGAUUAGAGAGUUCCAACUAUUUAUACCAGUGCAGCCCUCCUUACAGAAUACCUUCAAACGAAAGAGAGAUCAUGAUGGAAAUAAUGGAAAAUGGUCCAGUACAAGCUAUUAUGACAGUUCAUGAAGACUUCUUCCUUUAUAAAACUGGCAUCUACAAAUAUACCGGCAUAAGUGAAAACAAAUCUGAAAUAAAUGACAUACAUUCAGUCAAGAUUGUUGGAUGGGGUGCUUUACGAAGACCAAGUCACAUAAAAUUCUGGAUUGUUGCAAAUUCGUGGGGAAGCACAUGGGGUGAAAAUGGAUACUUCAGAAUUGUUCGAGGGAAAAAUGAAUGUGAAAUUGAAAAAUUGAUGCAGCAUGGAUCCUCUGGAGAGGACAGACAAGCUCAUGGAUUGCAGAUACACUGCCCAGACUUUCCCUCUCUCCUGUACACAGCACAAGCUAAGACCAGCCCCACUUCCUGUGUUUCCUUUUGUUUUACUUUCUUUUACUGGAGACAGAAUUCCCUUAAAGGGCCCUACAUCACCAAUAAGUUCAGCCUGAACAUGACCUAUAUUCUUCGAUGUAGUUUAGACCAAGUACACUUUAAGCCCCUGUUUGAAGGGUCCCAAGUAGCAAGGACCAAGCUUGUAAAUAGGGACCCUGAAGCGGAUGUACCUGGAGGAGAGCCAAACUCUGUCCCCAGGAACCAGGACAGGAGGAGGCCGACGUUUCUUGUCCGCUUGGAUUUUCAUUCUCGAUGA